AUGGGUUAUCAUCAUAGAAAACUUUUUUCAGAAGAUAAAAUUCCUAAACCUGAUAAGGGCCUUGAUCCCUGUAAUUUCUGUUAUAAUGGAUGCCCCUACAAUAAGUGCAAGAACACAAGUACUCGGUCAAUUUCAUCUCCACCUAGCUCAAAGCAUCAUAUGCCCACCAUUUUGAUUCUUAUGCUUUGUAUUCUUGCGGCUGCUUUUAUGUUUCUUGUCUAUCUCACAAUCCGUAGAUACCGUUGGAAUUUGAGAAAUUCUAGGAGGAGAAAUUCACAAACUGUAGAGAAUGCUAACAAUAGGGAGGAUUUUAUUGAUGAGAAUCACGGGCCAGUGGUGAAUCAUCCCAUAUGGUAUAUUCGUACUGUUGGGCUUCAACAAUCAGUGAUUGAUUCUAUUUCUGUGUUUAAGUAUGAAAAAGGCCAGGGUUUGAUUGAAGGGACAGACUGUUCUGUUUGUUUGAAUGAGUUUCAAGAAGACGAGAAUCUUAGGCUUUUGCCAAAGUGUAGCCACGCUUUUCAUUUACCUUGUAUAGAUACUUGGUUAAGAUCUCAUCAAAAUUGUCCUGUUUGCCGCGCUCCAAUAGUCAGCAAUGUGAAUACGUCUCCGGGGAACUCAGUGUUGACAAAUUCGAAUGAUUUAGGUUCGAGGGAAGAGGCUCGAAUAGAUGGUGAAUUGGAUCAACACGUAGUGGAAACAGAUGAAACAAGAGAAAUGAGGGUUGGGAUUGAAAAUGAAUCACCAAUACAAAUUGAAGACGGGAAACUGGCUGACCUUUUGCAUAAAAACUCAAUUAGUCCCAAUCUGAGGAAUGGUAAGCUACGUGUACUAAGUGAUUUGGUUGAUAAUAGGGUGAAGUUGGAUGAGGAAUUGCAACCCGUUAGGAGAUCAAUAUCAAUGGAUUUUUCUGCUGCUUCAAUGAUUUAUAAUACGGUGGUUGACAUUCAGGCGAAGAAAGAUGAAGGUUGUUCAGAUACUAGACUGGCAAUUGAAAAAAAUUCAUACACGAAUGCAAAUAGAGGGAGUAGAAAUUCAAGCAUAUACAGGCUAAUAAAGAGUGCUUCAAUGCGGCGUUCUCUGCAGAAAGAGCCUAUUCCAAUGAAGAAGUCCUCUUCCUUUGUUGGGAAGCGCUCCCUAAGAAAGUACAGUGCAAGCCAGGAUUCGAUCCCUACUCGAGCAUAA